ACAACGGAGUGAGGAUUGACCCGUUGGCCCGCAGUGAACACGUUUCGCUGUCCACAUCCGCGCGCUUUUAAGUCUCAACGGAGUCUUUCCGCCCGGCUACCCCAACGAUCACAUACCACGGUCAUUCAUGAAUAAGAGGCCUGUACCAGCGGGUGCUGAUACAAACACUCGCGCCUAUCUUAUCUUCUUUAGCUACCUGGGAACUUGUGCCCUUCUUACCGCAUAUGUUGUGCAGAAACUUCUAAAAAACUACGUUGUCCUCUCAAAGUCAACCACUGCACGACCUCCUCCCAGGAGACAUGUGCUCCUCUUUAUCAGUCUGGCAGCGGGUAGCUUGCUUACGACAUGGUACUAUAUGAUGCGGUACUUCAAGGUCUCAUACCAAGUAUGGCUAAUGUGGCGCUCAUACUACGACUUCUCGGACGAUCAGAACCAUUGGGGACUAUGGCUCAGGGAUACUUCCCUAUUCAAGGAGGCCUGGGAGAUCGCGAUCGUUGGGAAUGCGCGCUAUUGGUGGACACAACAAAUCUUCUUCUUUGCGUGUGCCUUGGGUUUGGUUUUGGAACAGAAAGGUGUAAGACGAGGAAUCCGGCACACCUGGGUCUUCAUGGUCAUUGGGCAGCUCGUAUCCAUCAGCUUUGCGACCAACCUGUUCCUCAUUGCCCUGCUUCUCAGCCCGCCCGCACCACCAUCACCAUCAGUAGCGUCAUCCAGCAAGAGAAGCUGGUUAGGGCCCUGGCUCAUCAACUUUGCAGCCAUUAUUGCAACCGAGUAUCCGGCCUAUCUCUUGGCGGAUGAUGUGUACUGGCACAGCAAAAACUUCCUGCCUGUGCUCUUGCUUCCUCAUCUGGCCUUGCUCGUGCUGCCUCUUGCGCGCGCAAUUGUACCUGCGAGGUAUUUCCCCGACGACGACGUUGAGUUCAUGGAGCGGGCGUACAAGUACCUCUGGGGAGUGACCAUUUUUGCAGGAUUUCUAGUCUACCGGCACGUUACCGGACUGGCGUAUAACUACGCGGGAAUCGUAGGCAUGAUCAAUGCCAUUUUGGAACAUCCAGCGGUGAGCAGUGUGGGUUUUGACGUUGUGUUUUGCUGGAUCACGUGGUUCUUCUGGUGGAGGAUUCAAAAGCAGGGUGUAGCCGGCGUGGAAGAGUAUGAAAAAGAGGAGGAUGACAGCUGGAGCGGAGCGGCAACUACCACCGCGGGCGCAAGUGAUGGUGGCGUGUUGCGUCGUCGGUGAAAAGGCGUAGCCUAUGAUCCGCCUGGGGCUUGAAUAUGCAGAAUUCGGAAUUCGGAAAUGUCGGUGACAAGUAAUGGAAUCUAAAAACAGGUUGCCAUGGCUAACUAUUGGAAAUAAGUACGAUGGAGUAUAGAUGCCGGUAGAGAAGCUUCGUCAUCACCCUCAUGCAUGUAUUCCGAUCAUGGGACCUCCGUUAUAUCUAACGAUUACCAGGGGUACAAAGUGGGUGUGGGGAUUAUACCUUUCUUUUUUGGAACUGAUGCAACACAGUGAUGGAACUCUAUUCAUUGAUGUAUUCAAAGGCCGUCA